CCGACCCCCUAUCCGCAACAAUGGAUCAUUCCAUGAGCUCGAACAUGGCAUCUAUGACUGGUAUGGGAACAAUGACUGGCACUGCCACAGCGUCCGCUGCAGCUGCGACGUCCUCCAGCAUGUCGAUGGGUGAUAUGGGUAUGGGUGGCGCAAACUCCUGCAAGAUCUCGAUGCUUUGGAAUUGGUAUACCAUCGACGCUUGCUUCCUCGCCAAAAGCUGGCACAUCACAUCCAGCGGCAUGUUCGCAGGCUCUUGCAUCGGCGUGAUACUCCUGGUGAUGGUUCUCGAGGGGCUGCGGCGAGCUGCAAAAGAGUACGAUGCAUUCUUGAUUCGCAGUCGUGUCAAAGCAACGCCAGUUCCGAUUUCGAACGAAGGGCAAGCCUCGGAUAGCGACACCACCAGAAAGGGUCCUACUGCUGUUGCUGUUGCAGAGCGGCUUCCCGCACGACGAAAGAGCUUCAGGCCGACCAUCUUCGAGCAACUAGUUCGGUCACUGCUGCAUAUGCUUCAAUUUGCUGUCGCAUACUUCAUCAUGCUUCUUGCAAUGUACUUCAAUGGGUACAUUAUCAUCUGUAUCUUCAUUGGCGCUUUCCUCGGAGCCUUUGCCUUCAACUGGACAAGCAUCGCAUUAUCCAACGACGAACGAGAAAUCACUUUCUGCUGUGGGUAGACGUCUUGCGCAAUGUUGCCUGGAAAAGGAGGAGAACUCCACUGGAAUUAUGGGUUGCGGCCAAGGUUCUUCAUGGCUUGAGAUGCCUAGAGCCUUGCCAGUAUAAUUUCCUCGCCAGCUACAUAUAGAAUUAUAUUUGGCAUUGCCAUAAUAAAAUACUACUGCUUUUCGAUUUUGGAGUG